UAUCCAUCAUAGAUUCAUGCAUUAUUAUCUGUUCUUGUUUAUCUGGAUUGGUGCCUGAUCCUCGUCAAAUAAGACAGUGAUCCACCUCCAAUUGCACGGUCGGUCCAAGAAACAUCCCACCAUGUUACUCGAAUAAUCGCCGGUUGCGCCCUUCAUUUAUUUUGUGAAACGUCCCCGAGGUCUUUGGUCUGUGUCCAAUCUCAUUGAAUCAGCACUCAACAACCGGAUCAGACCACCUGUUCCGCCUCCCACCCCCACCAUGACCUUUCAAUUCUUCCACCGCUUUCGCAAUAAGGAUAAGGAGAGAGAGAAAGUGAAGGGUAAAGAUCAACAGAAAGACCAGCCGGAAGAGGACCCUUCACAAUCAGACUCGCGAACGAUCCUGGCUCGGGUAGGCAUCUAUCAUGAAACCUGCAAGCAGAAUGGCAACCGUCGCGAUUUCAAGGCAAUGCCUCUUCCCCCACCCCGAAGACCUUUGACUCCUCCCGAUCAAGAGCUUGCGACCAUCCGGAGCAGGAGCAACACUCUCACAGCCAUCAACACGUCAACUACCAAUUUUCUCGACCUGAACAAUAACAGCACGCUUCCGCAGGACCAGAGUCUAUUCUUCUCGCGUCUACCCCAAGAAAUCCGUCAGCGAAUAUACCUUGAGCUGUUUGGUGGCCGGUCUGUCCACCUCGAAUACGAUUUUGGCUAUGCGCCAGGCUACCGUCAGAGAGAUAAGAGACCGCCAGACCAAUGGCGCUGGUGGCAUCGGGUUUGCGAUGAAGAGGACCACCCAAAUCCUGGAGACAUGUGUCGUAUGAAUGACCUCGAGGAUCCGAAGCGGAUUGGACGACGACAGUUAUCGCGGUACAAGCUGAAAGGCGUGGCGUGGCUGCGAGUGUGCCGAAGAGCAUACCUAGAAGCACUUCCUCUUCUCUACAGCACAAAUACAUUCCUCAUUUCCUCAUCGGUCAAGUUAUGUCGAUUGCCGAAAAUGAUUGCGCCUUCACAUUUAUCGCGCAUCGCUUCGCUGGACAUUCUGCACGUCGCAAAGGCAACUACACCGUCAACAAUGACCGACUACGAGUGGGAGACAUACCAAACCCUCUUCCGGACGUUACGAUUAGCGUACGUUGGCGUCAGGCGCUUGCGCUUGGUUAUCCAUAUUUUGAACAAAAGCUGCACGCCGCGAGCUGGAACAGUUCCAGAAGAGCUGGAUGAAGCCUGGAUUCGUCCCUGGUCGGAGCUGGCGUCUUCCCGACAGUGGGAGAAACUCGAGAUUGGGCUGCAAGAUAGCUGGUUCGACGACUUUUCCGCUGCUGGAAGGCGAUGGGAGGCCAGAAAUGGGCGUCAGCUGGAGGAUUCAGGGUACUCACUGGUGCGAGUAGACGAUUUCACAACAUGGGAUGGAAGGUUGUCGGAGAUCUGGAAUGCGGUUUAUCUGUAGAUUUACGUACCGGAGUAGGCGAGAUAUAUCCUUGCAUGUUGCCUUUUUCGUGUCCAAACAAAUCCUUGUGCAG